AUGAAGUCCUUCACGUCUGCGGUUCUAGCUGCCAGGUCCCUCGCGAGCCUACAGCAGCACGGCGUCGCUGCCGCCCCCUCGAAUGCAACCCACUCAGGAUACUGCAAAAACCCUCUCGUCAGACACGAGUGGCGACAGCUGUCUCUGGACCAGCGCCGGGACUACAUCCGAUCCGUAAAAAGUCUAAUGGCUCUGCCGUCCGAGGGAAACGACAUAUGGCCCGGUGCAAAGUCUUAUUACGACAAUUUCCAGGUAUACGGUGUAAUGGGCAACGGCUCAUUCAUUGAGGAUGUGAGCGACAAAGAUGAGUUUCCUGUCCAGAAACUGAUCGAGAUCCCGGGCAGAAGCGGUGGUGGUCAUUUUAUCAGAGACGUUUACAAGAGUUAUGGCAUGCAGGUUAGCGACAUGAACUUGCAUGCGGGUUUGCGCAUUGACAUUGGCGGCGGUUGCGCUGACAUGUACUCGUCCCUGUGA